AUGUCGUUCGAUCGGUUAGGAGAACUCCAGGCCAAAAAGGCCAAACUUGAAGAACUCAGGAAGCAGCGAGAGAAAAAGCGAGAGGCCACGCCCAGUGCCGCGGACCGCUAUGCCUCCGUCAACCUGUUGGUUGAUCUGUUGCUACCGCCGGAAACCCCAAAGACUGAAACAGUGUCGUCCCCAGAAAAGACUGUCCCAGACAAAACUCAUCCCAUAAAGCACGCCAGAGUCUCAAUUGCCGUACAAACGACACCGGCUGCCGAUAAGCCUAGUGCCAUCACCUACAACAAAUCUACCCAGACUACGGAUAACGACGUUCUUGCAGAACAGAGGGCUGCGAAGCAGCUCAAGGAGAUCCAAAGCCAGGUGGAAGCCCAGGUGAGAAAGGAUAUGGCACAGCUCACGGAGGAAGAAACCGCCUCUGAACCUGAACCGCAGACGACGGAAGUGGAUGAAGAUCAGCUCGUAGCCUUUAUGCAGCGCUCGAUGAAAAUCGUGAAUCGUGCCUUGGAUGAGGACUUUGAUUUGCUUACAGACUACGCGAAAUCGGUGCCGGUGGAGGUUGCCGUUCAGGAUGAAUUGCAGCAGCUCCACACCUUGACGUUGCCGGCAUUGGAGCACCGAGCGGUGACGGGACUCGACUGGUCACCGCAUCAUCCGGAGCUAGUGGCGGUAGCCUAUUCAAAGCAAAGUGAGCGAAGCAGCGACGUAUCCAGCUCUAUUCUUAACUCUCCAGGUUUGAUUCUCGUGUGGAACCUCAACUCCAGCUCGUGGCCUGAAUACAUUUUCGAUGCGCAAACCGAAAUCUUGUCUGUCACCUUCUCACAUAACUCGCUGUACCUCCUCUUUGGUACCGGGUACAACGGCCGCAUUAUGUCGUGGGACCUUAGGUCCAAACGGUCCUCACCCACUUUGCAAUCCCCGAUCGGAGGUGCUACGGGUGCUCAUUGCCACCCGGUGUUUGCCCUCACCCAGCUUUCCGAAACCGAGGCAGAUUCUAAGGCCUCGGGGACAUUAAUCACUGCUUCGACAGACGGUACGGUCUGUUCCUGGUCUCAGCACAUACUUGCCAGGCCUAUGUCUGCCCCCUUUAGUGCCAAGUCGCCCCAGGGGUCACUCGCGAGGUAUGACGAACUUGCGGUCACACAGCUAGCAGUGCUUGCGGCGGACCCCGGUGGGCUUCUUGCCGGCUGCGAAGAUGGCAAGAUCUACCGCGUGGCACGAUUUGAAAGCACGGAUGUGAAACCGGGCCAAAUAGACACCCUGAUAUAUGAGGGCCAUGGUGACGGUUCGGUUAGUGCGUUGGUUGCACAUCACAACAUCGCUGUUUUUGGAGACGUGUUUCUUUCCUGUGGCUUUGACUGGUCGAUUAAGCUCUGGAGACUAGACCUGCAGACACAGAGACCACGGAAACAGUCUGUGGGUGCAUUCGAUCCGGAUUCCACGUUGGGCUUGCUGAGCCACAUUGAAACGGUGGCCCCGGUCUGGGCUGCUCUGCGGAAUAAUGUGGUGUUAGACGUGGCCUGGAGACCGGGCCAUGACUCACAAUUUGUGGCGGUGGGGCUUGAAGGGGUGCUAGAGGUGUGGGACCUUGCUAGGGACAGCAUUAACCCGGUCGUUAGGAUUGAGACGGGGAAAGGAGUAAAUAAGGUGGUGUUUGAUCCAUCAGGAGGGCGAGUGGUGUGUGGAGGCGUCGAUAGCGUGGUCCAAGUUUGGAAGUUUGCCGCUGACGAGACAAGCGAGGACAGGGCCAUGGGGAGUUUGAAAAUGAAGCAGCUAAGAGAAUCAGACAUCAGACUGUGA